AUGAACCAAGCGGGCACCAUAUUGGUGCCGCUAACUGCGACCACGGCAUCAAGCUCUACUUCUCCAAUUGUGCCUUUGGGUGCGUUGGUUGGGCAGUUGGGCUACACGAUGACUUGGAGUAGCAAUCGCUGUAAGCUUGAAGGACGAGGAGGAGAUGUAUACAACCUUCGAGUCCGGGAAGGGUGUCCUGAGAUUGCUGAACAUGAUGCUUUACGAUUGAUUUCUCGCUUGGAGGAUGGGAACCUGGAGUCCCUGAAGGCCAAUACAGCAGCGACGAGGAGUCGAGUGAGGGCGGCAGCGCUUUCAAUGGAGAGAUCGUGGUUCGACUACCUGUUGUCGUAUGUGGAUGGUGAGAUGGCUUCAGAGGCGUGGAAAGCAGUUGAAUCGGCGCCUUUCUUCCAGGAGGUACCUCGCCAGUGCAAGGCUGGUCUUGUGGAGUCGUUUCCCGAGGCUAACGGCUGGCGCGCCCUUCAGGGAUUAGAGCAUCUCAACCGGCGAACCCGAAAGCGAUUGUGGAACUCUGACAAGUGGCUGGUUCACUUGUUCGCGGGGAAGAAGGAGAAAAAGGAUCUCCACCACCUGGAGGCCCACGGGUACAUGAUCCUGGAGCUCGACAUUGAAAGAGGACGCACUCAAGAUUUGCUGAAGACGGCUACGUGGAGGGCUAUUGAGUUUGGAGCGCGAAAAGGAAAGAUUGCCGGGAUCAUUGGCGGCCCACCGCAAAGCUCUUUUAUGAUUUCCAGGCAUGUGGUCGGAGGCCCAGAGCCGGUUCGCUCCAAUGCGGCUGUGUAUGGCAAUUGGCCUGGACAGCCGGAUGCAGACACUUGGCUGGCCAACCGAGAAACACAGUUGUUGACGCGGAUGAUAUAUUUGCAUGCGUUGGCAACAGCAGGAAGGAUGAGGGCGAGCCCCAGUGUCGAUGCAAUUAAGGGUGUUGCCUUUAUGCUUGAGCAUCCUCGGGAUCCACGUGGCUAUCUGAAGUAUCAGGACCCCUUGUAUAAUGAUGUUGUGAGUUUCUGGAGAACCCCACUGUGGACGGAGUACGCUUUGGAGGCUGGAUUCAAUUCCUACCACUUCGAUAUGGCAGCGUUUGGAAAGGCUUUCUCCCGGCAUACCACGAUUGGCACCAAUCUCCCCCUCAAGCACUUGAAUGGGCUACGGGCGAGAUGGCGUUCAGAUGAGCAGGCGCCGGAACGGUCCCCCCCAAGCGUGUGGACCUCGGAGUUCUAUGAGCAGGUGGUCAUUGCUAUGCGUACUUGGGGUGCAAUUCCAAAAAUGAUUCGCAUGAGUGCCGAUCAGUGGAGAGAGCAUGUUCGUCGAGCGGAUCCAGAUGGAAGGGGUGCUUUUCCGAAGCAGUUCAAGUACAUUUUCGUGGCAAAGCUCAAAGUUCCCCGAACGUUUGUAGAAGAUGGGCGCGGAGUUUGGAUUGAGUAUGACGACGGGGAGCUGACGCCUGAGAAGUACGAGGAUGUCGAUGAUGGCUUGGAGUUGGAACCUAAGUCUCCCAAGGAGGCUAUUCGACCUGAGGGCCUGGAUGGCGAAGAAGAUCCGGACCCUGCGGAGGAGCCAGUUGCGAAGCGCGAUCCUGAAGACGAUCUUGACCUUGCCGCUCCGGACCUCAUCAACCUCAUCUUCACGGCCCCUUUAAAGGAUGACAAGGCGCCAACGGUUCUAGAGGCGAUCCAGGAUGUGGCUCUGUAUUGCCAGUCUCUCAACAUCCCUGUGCUCCGCUUCCACUCUGACAGAGGAAUGGAGUUCCAAGCAAGAGCUUCGAAGCAGUGGCUAAAAAACCAGCGAAUACGAGUGACAUCGUCGGAAGCAGGUGCGCAUCAGACCAAUGGUGCGGCUGAGGCGACGGUCAGAUGGGCCAAACAGCGCGUGAGAGCGCUGCUUCUGUCUGCCAAACUUCCGCAGCGACUUUGGCCAAUGGCGUUAACUACUGCAGCCACUAUGCAGCGGGCUGAUGUGCUGGGAUUUGAACCGCUUUUGGCGGCACCUUUUGGUGCCAAAGUCAUGGUGAAGAAGAGACAGCUGGAGGGACCAAAGCUGGAUGAUCUGGCACCAAAGUGGCUUCAAGGGACUUAUGUGGGUCGGUCCGAGAGUUUGCGCAAAGGGCACCUUGUCUACAUCAAUGACGAAGACGGAGAAAAGUUUGUGCACACGUUACAUGUUCGAGGCGCUUUGCAUGAUCCUGGACCUGUUGAAGAGGAGUUCGUUGCAGAAGAACCAGCGGGACCCAGUGUGCGAGUUCGAGGAAAGUCAAGCGGUAGUGGGGAUGUUGUGGGCGUUGCAAAGGCCACGGUCCUGGAUGAGGCGGAGUACCAAACUAGGGCAGAGGCGAUUCUACAAGCGUGGUCCCAGGAGGAGGCAGAGGUGAUAGUAAAGCAAAUGGUGUCGUCUCUACCUCCUUCAGAGUGUGUGUAUGGGAUGUUUCGCUAUGGUGGAAAGACUGGAGUAACAAAGGCCACAAUAGAAAGACCGUGGUUUGCCAAGUUGCUCCUCAGGCUCCUCCUGGAUAAGGCCCCGGAUGCAGAAUUUGCGGCGCUGUUUGUGUCUGUGCGAAAUGACAAGGAGGUUCACAUUGACCGCAACAAUGCCAUGGGCACGCUCAAUUACCUCCUCCCGAUUAUCAUGCCCCGUCGAGGUGGAGAUAUUUGGCAGGAGCUACGGGCCGGGUUUUUCAGCUCAAUCCUCAUCGUCGACAUGCUGCACUUCCAUGGACCGGUGACCGGCACGAUCGUGAAUAUCAAUGCACUGUCGGUCAGGAGUGUGUCCUAUGAGCAGAAGAUUCUGGAUGAUGAGUCUGACGCUCAAGUCGGUGUGGACAAUGUUGACGAGCAGCCUACAGCGGAGUUGGAUGGAAGUGCUACUCAAGCUGCUCCUGGAUGCGAAGUGUGGGAUCAAUGGGAUAUGAGAUUGGCCAUCAACAGCGACGGGAGCACUGUAGAAAUAGAGCACCCCAAGGACGAGUCGUCGACCCGCCUGUGCAAAGCUGAGGUUGUUUUUACUGAGAAUGUGGAGGCGAUCCUUGGUGCGCUAGAAGGUCCCCUUAGUGUGGUCUAUACCGUGAACCCUAAGGAAGUGGCGUUGAACUUUGAGGCUUGGGUUCCGGCGCUUCAGAAGGAGAUCUCUACUUUAUCUCAUGCAGUGGAGCGAGUCCUGGCUGAGGACGAGCAGGUGAACAGGGAGGUGACCUCUGGAGAAGCUCAGCUAAUACCAAUGAAGAUAGUAUUUACUGUGAAGCCUCCAGAUGCAUCAGCCCCAGGGCAAACACAGUACAGCCUCUACAAGAGAAAGUGUCGCAUCGUGAUCUGCGGAAACCUAACAUCACACCAGCCCGGUGAAGUCUACACCAACACGGCACCCGCAGAAGUGGUCAGGGCAGCUCUGGCCAUCGCCAGAGUACGCAAGUGGAAUUUGGGAAUAUUGGACGUCAUUGCGGCGUUCCUGCAAACGCCCUUUGCAGCGCUGAAGAGAGCACCGCUUGUCUAUGGUGUUCCUCCUAAGCUACUUGUUCGUGCUGGACUUUGUCAGGGUGGUGAGCUUUGGAAGUUGACUCAUGCAGUUUAUGGCCUACAAGAAUCACCUCGACUAUGGGGACGGUAUAGGGACAUGCAGUUGGCCAAAAUCCAGAUCAUCUUUGAAGGCAAGCGCGUGACGCUACUGCAGGGGCGUGUGGAGCCAUCGUGGUGGUCAGUGCUACAAGAAGGUUCAGUGUUGAUUGGGAUCAUCGUAGUCUAUGUCGACGAUAUCCUGAUUUGCGGGCAUACGGCGAUCAUCAAGGAAGUAGCCAAGGCCAUUCGCGCGGUGUGGAAGACGAAUGAGCUUCAGUUGGUUUCCGACGGCAUGAUCAGAUUUCUGGGGAUUGAAAUUUCGAUGUGUUCCCAGGGCUUUCUGCUGUCCCAAAGGGCCUACAUAGAGGAGUUGAUUCGGGUCCACCAGCUCCCGGCGACAAGGAAAGACAUAAUCCCGGUGUCCAAGGACUUGGCUAUGUUCACGGCGGAGCCGGACGAGGGCAUCUACUCGGAGGGAGAGUUAAGGGCGGCGCAGCAAUGUCCAGGCUUGCAGGCACGGCAAGGCGCUGUCAAGGGCGCGGUGGCAGACGGCUGGCAAGGGGUCGCCGAAUCCAGGCGGUUGGAAGCCAUUGUCGCGGAGAAGGCGGACCGCACCGGCAAGGGAGCUCACUUGAGCUUCGUGGCAUCUUUGGUUGGAUCUCUCUCCACGAAAGCACCGCGCAGGGCGAUUCAGAUCGCGGAGAAGACGAUCGCGUUUCUCCAGAGGACGAUCGAUUGGUCACUGGUGUUUGAAGUAGAGGAGACAGGGCUGUGCGGAUACUGUGAUGCCAGCUUUGCUCCUGAGGGAGCGCGUAGUCAUGGUGGAUGGAUCGUGUUCUACAACGGAUGCGUCAUCUCAUGGAGAAGCUCCCGUCAGGCCACUGUUACGAUAAGCACAGCGGAGUCGGAGCUCACGGCCAUUGCAGAGGCAGUGUUGGCGCUUCAGAGCAUUUCAUCUAUGAUGCAAGACGUCCUUCCUGGAGGUGAGCCAGUUCAGUUAUAUUCAGAUUCCACUUCGGCCUUAAGCAUUGCGAACGGUUCUGGGAGUUGGAGGACGAGACACUUGAGGCUAAAGAGCGCCUGGAUCGCUGAGCUCGUUGGCUCUGGUGCGAUCUCAAUCUCGCACUGUGUCGGAGACCUGCAGAUCGCGGACCUCUUGACCAAAGCUCUUCCUUCUCAGCGGAUCAAGAUGCUAAGCAGGUUGCUAAAUCUACGAAAUCCUGGGGAGGAUGACGAGGAUGAGGUUAGUACAGCGGGCCACUGGGAUGAAGAGGAGGCGCUGGUGGUUAAGGCGAACAUGAGUGUGGACUAUGGCAUCGUCACAUGGGCGCUGUUGUGGGGUGCAGUCAUCGUUGCGCUACUGUCAUGGGAGCUACUGAAAUGGUUGCUGUGGAUCGCCUAUGAUCGGGCAACUCCUGGUGCGAAGGCGAGGUUGGAGCAGCGUGGAAGGGAUUCAGAGCUGGCCCCAACGGCGGGAGUUUUCACGCCAAUGCCUGCCCCGCAGACGAGGGUGAUCUUGCGCUAUGUGCAUGAGCCCGCGGGCGAGAUCUUCGCGGUCCCGGGGAACGAGUGGUUUCCGGGGAACCAGUACAAAGGUGAGCUGUCCUAA